GCGUGCCAACCUCAAGUUUGAAAUCCAGUUCCUUCCGAAGCGAGAGGAGCAGAGAGCAGGAGAUCUAGAAAUCACUCCCCUCAUCUUCUCGGAUAUCUACACCUUUUUUCUUCUUUUUUUUCCCCUCCUUCUUUUUUCUAAAAAACUUUUGUUGUUGUUGUUGUAACCACGGCUUCAAAGGUGGACGGCGUGUUUUCGGCUCUAUCCCUGCAUUUCUUCGAGAAAGACAUGGAAGAGGGCUCCAGUUCCCCGGUCUCCCCUGUGGAUAGUCUGGUGACCAGCGAGGAGGAGCUGGACAAAAUGCAGAAGAGCUUCCCGGCGAAGAAGAGGCAGAGCAAGAAGUGCAGCGAGGACAGCAGCGGCAGCAGCCCGGGCCCCGUGAAGCGGGUCAAGAAGCCCAGUCCGAGCAGCAACCAGUCGUACGAGGAGCUACAGAACCAGCGGUGCCUGGCCAACGUGCGCGAGAGGCAACGCACGCAGUCUCUGAACGACGCGUUUUCGUCGCUGCGCAAGAUCAUCCCCACGCUGCCCUCGGACAAACUGAGCAAGAUACAGACGCUGAAGCUCGCCUCCAGAUACAUUGACUUCCUCUGCCAGGUGCUGCAGAGCGACGAGAUGGACAACAAGAUGUCCAGCUGCAGCUACGUCGCGCACGAGAGACUCAGUUACGCGUUCUCCGUGUGGAGGAUGGAGGGCGCGUGGUCGAUGUCAGCAUCACACUAGCGAGAGAGACCUCCAGUCAAACGCCGAAGCGACUGUUUACUUCUACAAAGUACGAAGACCAAAAGGGAUUAUUGAAGAACCCAUCGACCUCAAAGGCAUGGCGGAGAGACGUAAUGUGACCCACAACUACAAACUCUUGGGGAGUGUUUGUGUUGUGUGUGUGUGUGUGUGUGUGUGUGUGUGUGUGUGUGCGUGUGUGUAGAUGCAGAUUCAUCACACUGCUUCUGACUGUCCGGAGCUGUUUGUGGCAGAGAGAGGAGGGAAAGACAGACCUGCAAUGCCUAUCGGCCAACGAUGUUACAGAGCUUGGCCUGUAUUUCAACAAAAGCCAAACUUUAAACGUUUUUUUAAGAAUGAUAUAUAUAUAUAUAUAUAUAUAUGUAUACAUAUAUUUUGUUUUUCAAAGACUUUAAACCAAAGUAUAAAUAUAUAGAUGAAUGCAUACUGUACAUACCUGUGUAAGUACGCCAUAGCCUGUAAAGGGACCAAUGCAAUUUAGUCAUUUGCUGCAUGGAUUUGUUUCACUGACUUUCUUUCGCAAGUCUCCAAACUCCGUCCAAUGUACAUUUUUUUUU